AUGACGCACCUCCUCCCACCCUCCCUCAUCCGCCUCUUUGCGCCGCGUCCUCCGCUCGAACACAUCGCUCCCAUCACACGCUACGAUCCGAACCCGGCAGCCACACCUGUCCCGAAAGACCCUUCUUCCCGUUCAAAACGCCAGACCCUUCGGUCACCGCUCACCGGCAUCGCCUCGACGCUAGAACGAAUCAAGCAAGAAGCGGCGGAUCGGGGUGAGUCGACCGACGAAGCUUCCUCCUCCACCCUCACCCACACACGGGUCACCCUAAAAGAGCUCGAACUCGAAUCGCGCCGUGCGGCAAAAGACGAGAUUAAACGACGCGGCUUGGAAGAGUAUAACCCCAACGCAAAUGCGAGCGCUACCCCAGAUGCGUACAAGACGCUCUUCCUCAGUCGUCUACCCUACGACAUCACCGAAAAGGACCUCGCCAGGGAAUUCGACAUGUACGGCCCGAUUCAAAGCAUCCACCUCAUCCGCGAUCGAGCUGGCAAAAGUCGAGGCUACGCAUUUAUCGCCUAUGAGAGGGAGAGGGAUAUGAAAGCUGCGUACAAGGACGCAGAAGGACUCAAAAUGGGUGGAAGACGGAUUAUGGUUGAUGUGGAGAGGGGUAGGACGGUGAAGGAUUGGAAGCCGAUGCGGUUGGGUGGGGGAUUGGGCGGGGGGAGUCGGAAACCGAAGAAGGCGCCCGAGCCGGUGGAGGUCGUGCCGAUGGGUGGCGGGUUUGUAGGAGGGGGAGGAUUCAGGGGCGGAAGGGGCGGAUUCCGAGGUGCGCCCAGGGGAGGAGGGUUUGCAGGCGGGAGAGGCGGAUUCAGAGGCGGAUUCAGUGGACCACCCCGCAGCGGAGGAUUUGAUAACGGCUACGGGCAAAGAUCGGGGUAUCAGAACGGUCUACCACAAGGAGGAGGGAGGUACAAUGGCGGUCCGGGAGGGCCAUCGCCAGCAGGCGGAGGAGGAGGAGGGUACGGCGGAAAUCGAGACUACAAUGGCGGCGGUGGCUACGCUCCCCGCUCGUAUGAUGACCCUGCAUCGGGGCCUCCAGCCAAACGCAGUCGCUACUGA